AAAAUGAGACACAAAAAUUGAGAAAAGGAAGAUCCAUUAUCGGCGUAGGAGUUCAGUGUAGACAAAACCACAGACUGCAGACACCGAACAGCACGUGAAGGCUUUUCCGAGUUUGUUGUGUGCCGUGAAGACUCUCUGCUCGGGUCUUGACACCUCAGUCAGGGAUCCGGAGAAGGUGUCCGCACGUACUUAGGUGGUAGAUCAGUGAAGGGCUACGAGGUUUGCGGGGUUUAGACGUGUUUCUUUACACGCCAGAGAGGAAGAAAAGGGAAACUUUAUAAAAGACGUGUAAUAUGGAGGACAUGGGCCCAGUUACCCAGGAGCCUUCUAAGAUGGCAUAUAAAUAUGAAGAAGCAGACUCAGAAGAGGUGAGCAAUGAGGAGGAAGAGAAGAGUCACACACUACAUACGGGCCUCCAUUUCACGAGUAACUUGGAGGAAAGACGUGUGGACAUCAAGAAAGAGGACUGUGAAUGGGAAUAUGUGCACCUUCCUCAGGACUGUGCUAGCAUUACGGAGGAGGACGGUGAUUCCGAGGUGACAUUUGACAGCAGAGACAUGCAGGAAACUGAAAUGGUAAGCAGUGUGAAAAGAGAAGACUUCAAACUGGAGGACGUGUGUUUAGAUGUCACCGGAUUAGGCCUCAGUCUGAAGGUUCAUCACACCCUACAGUGUCACUCUGUCCUCACGAAGUCUGAGUGUAUGGAGUCUGACGUGACCAGGAUUGAGAAAGAAUUAAGUUCAUGUCCCUCUGGAGAAGAUUUACAAGAAAGUCACACAGUCUCUCCAUCAUUAUUUCCUCUUCACUGUAAACCACAGCAAAAUGAACAUGUGAAAAAGCUGAAGUCUGGUGCAGAUGUUUUGUUGCCAGCAUCUGUGCCGUGUAGUCCUCUGCCUUUGGAAAAAUUAACAAGUACAAAUGCAAUCAAUGCUCAACAACAGGUGUAUGAUACAGAUGUAAUAAAUUCUAAACAGAAAUCUAAAACCAAACAUAAGUGGAGUCAUACAAGGCAAAAAUCCUACUGCUGUACUGAAUGUGGCAAACAAUUCUCACAAGCUGACCACCUUCAGACUCACACAAGAAUUCACAUUAGCGUGAACCUAUUUUGCUGUACUAAAUGUGGCAAAGAAUUCUUCACCAGUGGCGAUCUUCAAACCCACAAAAGAAUUCAUACUGGAGAGAAGCCAUAUUGCUGUUUUGAAUGUGGCAAACGAUUCUCAAGGAAUUGCGAUUUUCAGAUACAUGCAAGAAUUCAUACUGAAGAGAAGCCAUAUUCUUGUUCUGACUGUGGUAGGCAAUUCUCGCAAAAAGGGCAUGUUCAGAGCCACAUGAGAAUUCAUACUGGAGAGAAGCCAUAUUGCUGCUCUGAAUGCGGCAAAAAAUUCUCUAAUAAACGCAAUCUUCAAACCCACACUCGAAUUCACACUGGGGAAAAGCCAUUUUGCUGUACUGAAUGUGGAAAACAAUUCUCUACAAGUAGUCAUCUUCAAUGCCACACACGAAUUCAUACUGGAGAGAAGCCAUACUGCUGUAUGGAAUGUGGCAAACGAUUCUCCAGGAGUAACAAUCUUACUUCCCACAGGAGAAUUCACACUGGGGAGAAACCACAUUGCUGUCUGGACUGUGGCAAACGAUUCUUCACUAGUAGCGAUCUUCAGAGCCACACAAGGAUUCAUACUGGAGAAAAGCGAUUCAGCUGUUCUGACUGUGGUAAAAGAUUCUUUGACACCUGUGGCCUUAAGAUCCAUAGAAGAAUUCACACUGGAGAGAAGCCAUAUUGCUGUUCUGACUGUGGUAAGCGAUUCUCUACAAGUAGCUAUCUUCAGACUCACAGAAGAGUUCAUACAGGAGAGAAGCCAUAUUGCUGUUCCGAAUGUGGUAAACGUUUCAGUACCAGUGGUGAUCUGCAAACCCACAGACGGAUUCACACUGGUGAGAAGCCAUAUUGCUGUUCUCAGUGUGACAAACGAUUCUGCACCAGUAGCAGUCUUAAGAGACACUUUCGAAUCCAUAGUGGGGAAAGUAAAUACAGAAGUAACCAGCAAAACAUCACUGAACAGAAGAAUAAUUACCACCUAGAAAAGGAAUGGAUUCAAAGUGGAACAUAAUCUGUCAUAAUGAGAUGCUGGCAAGGUCAAUUAAUGUUUUGAAGAAUUAAAGCAAAAUAUAGAAGCACAAAUAAGGUGAAGUGACAGCAGAAGUGUAAGUUGUACAAGCUACACAGUAAUCUUGAUAAUGUCGUCCCUGCUAUACAACAGGCAGAGACUAAAAAAGUAAACAUAGUAAGUGCACCAACUUAUGUCCUAAAAGGAUUAAAAUGCUUUAAAAAGGCAAAAGUAGCUCUAACAAUAUGGACAAAGUGAACCAGCAAAACCUUAAUGGACUUCCUCAAUACAGACGAGUGCAAAGAAACACACAGAAGAGAGGCAUUACAGAGGAUGUUUUUAAACUGCGCUGAAAACAUCCUUAUAUUUAAGGUAGGCAUGACUCUAUAAUCUACAAAUUAAUUGUCAAACCCUGUUUUAUUCCAGAGUUUUGGAGUAUUCAACUGGGUAGAAACAGAUUUUCCAUAAGGUGAACAUACAUACAUACCCAAUAACCUGCACUUGAAGUUCAUCAGACAUUGGGGAUCCUUGAUCAAUUGUACAAUACUGGUGGAUUCUCAAAGCAAAGCAGGCAUCAUGGAGAAGUGGCUGAGGCUGUGAACUUUAAAUCACAAGGUUCCAAGUUCAACUCAACUAUUCCUUUACAGUAUGAACCAGAACAAGUCACUUAAUCAUAUAGAUACCUGUAAAUAGCUGUCAUAUGUCUUGAUCUUAUUAAUCUGUCUUAGAUAAACAUGCCAGCCAAGUGUACUUUAUAAGUAUUUAUACAGAGAAUGGCCUCACAAAAUUGCCAGACAACUCCAUGGGAAAUGACAAACGUGUAGCAUGGCAGAAAAUAUAAUGGACAAUGAUGAAGACCCUUUUAGAAUGGAAAAUGAUUACAAGGCAACUGAAUGCAGACAGGCGCUAGUGGCCAGUGUGUUCUAUGACUGGGGAGAAAGAAAUUUGGAAAAUGUCAACAUUUACCACCCAAAAUUACCCAGUUAGGGCAAUUAAUAGCUAACUAAUUCAUAUUUGCACUGGUUCCGUUAAUUAAAAACUGUCCCUCCUCUUGACGUCCAGUCUAAUUCCAUCACUUUUGUGAGUUAAAGAAAAGGCACUUACAUGUACUAUGCAGAGAUUAUUCCGCAAAUACAAAAAUGUUGUGACCACUGGGUGAUGUUCAUUCCUGUUGUUACAUUGUUAUUUACAUCUGUAUGUUGAUUAUCAGGAAAUCAAUAGAAAUAAAAAAAAAAGAAAACAAACCAUACCCUUCCAUUGUUUUUAUCUUUAAAUAUAUCAGGUUUACAAAAACAUUGUGGAACCUGUGAAAAGAUAAAUUAGAGUGUGUAUACUCAUUUAAAGAGACAAACGAUGA